AAAUUGGGUUUUGAUGAUGUGUUCAUGAUUCAGAUCCAGUUCGUUGUAUUCUAGUUUAAGAUUCAUGACAAUGUCCUGCUGAUCGUGAGAUGAAUUUAUAGAUAGUUUAGUUUUAGCAACAAAAGGAAUGAUUAAUUCUUGUAUUGGAAGUUUUGUGUUUAGUUAAUUCGGUUUCUGAUUGUUUCCUUUUGAGAUGUUCAUCAGAUUUAUUUAUGUAAAAUGCUGGAUUUAGAUGAAAUUUGUAUUGAUUUUUCGGUCUUUAGUGUGCUAACAAGAUGUUAUGCUCACAUUCUAUGCAAAAUUUACAUAAUGGAGAUGUGUACUCUCUUUCAGACUAUAAUGCAAGGAGAAAGUUUCAUUAAUCCCGAAGGGGAAAUUAAGGUUAGUUUUGGCUAUCAGUGUAGCAGCCCCAAAGGUAUUCCUUUCAGCGCUCCUAAUGUGCGUGAAAUCUGGUCUAGAAGUGAACUGCCUAGGAACGGCAGUUUCUCUUGCUUGUCGGGUGCUGCCUUAAGUGCCAAUGCUACAUUGGCCAAUACGAAUAUCUGUAACGGUGUGAUUGGAGCUGAAAUUCUUCCUAGUUUGGAUUCCCCUAAUUCAUUUCGUAGAGUUCCCUCUUCAUCAUCUCUUGCAAGGUUGGAUAUAUUAUCAUCUUCGCUGCAAAGCAGUAUCUCAAACUUAAGUUGCAGUCCACCAAGUCCAGUUUAUUCACCUGAUACUGAUUCGUUUUUACUGAGACCGAUGAGUGCUCCUUCUAGGACUGAUAGUUUCCUUAAUGCUAUGGAAGUGCAAGUUGCAGGUGGAGCCGCUGGUGAAGACAGGGUUCAAGCUGUCUGCUCCGAAGAGAACGGGUGGCUCUUUUGUGCAAUCUAUGAUGGUUUUAAUGGGAGAGAUGCAGCUGAUUUUCUAGCUGGGACAUUGUACGAAACUAUAAUAUUUUACCUUAGUUUACUAGACCGGGAAUCAAAGCAGGAUGUCCCCAGAUCACCCAAUGGUUCGACUGCAAAUGGAUACUUUGGAUAUUUUCAUGAUCAUAUUACGGUUGGUAACAAGGAAAAAACCCAUUCUAGGGUUGAAACCAAGAAGUAUACGAGCGCUGAAAGCUUGAUGAAGAAAACUGCAGAUCGUAAAGUGGAAGUAUCAUCUGAUUCCUUUAGGCACGGGGUGCUUGAUAGCCUCCAACGUGCUCUAAGUCAAGCCGAGAGUGAUUUCUUGUACAUGGUAGAGCUGGAAAUGGAGGACCGUCCUGAUUUAGUUUCAAUAGGAUCUUGUGUUUUGGUUGUUUUUCUUCAUGGUGACGAUUUGUAUACACUCAAUUUAGGCGACAGUCGAGCUGUAUUGGCCACAUAUGAUGACGCCAAUGACAAGGGUCAGAGUGAAAGGUUGAAAGCUGUUCAGCUGACCGAUAGUCACACUGUUGAUAACGAGGUUGAAAGAUCUAGACUCUUGCAUGAGCAUCCUGAUGACUCUAUGCCCGUCGUAGCCGGAAAAGUGAAAGGAAAACUGAAGGUCACUCGCGCAUUUGGAGUAGGUUACUUGAAAAAGAAAAAACUGAAUGAUGCUCUGAUGGGAAUUCUUCGAGUUCGUAACCUCAUUAGUCCCCCAUAUAUCUCCACUGAACCGUCGCUGAAUGUGCACAAAGUAUCAAGAUCCGAUCACUUUGUUAUAGUCGGUAGCGACGGUUUAUUUGACUUCUACAGCAAUGAAGAGGCUGUAAAGCUCGUCCAUUCUUACAUCUCAAGCAACCCUUACGGUGAUCCUGCCAAAUUUCUUGUGGAGCAGCUUCUAAUAAAAGCAGCUCAAUCUGCAGGUUUCAGUAAGGAAGAACUGAUGAAUAUUCCAGCUGGUAGGAGGAGGAAAUACCAUGACGAUGUUACCGUUAUCGUGAUUAUUCUCGGGACAAAUUAUCGAACAUCCAAGGCAUCAACCUGUGCGUGAAUUUUAUGUCAAAGC